ACCUUGACUCUCACCUUGAAAUAUCCCCCAUUCGUUAGAUCGUUGUUUAUAUUGCAUUGAAGAAUUGGUAUAAGAAGAGUAUGACUUCUGGCAAACCUGCAGGCGAAGCGAAAGAAGAACGUGUUUCGCAAUGGAUUCUCCCAAGCACGAGUCGAAGCAUCCGAUCUCUGGGGCUGGACCGAGAUGCUACGCUGGGCUCUCUGGGGGAAAAUGAAGUGCGCGUGAAGUUGUACGCUGCAGGGUUGAACUACAGAGACUUGAUGAUCGCCAAGGGCCUGGCUCCAGGACCAAUUCGAGCACCACACGUUGUGCCUGGUUCAGACGGAGCAGGUAUCGUCGAAGCAGUCGGAUCGAACGUAAAGGAUUUUCAGCCGGGCGAUAAAGUCCUUACGCAUUUGACUCCGCUUUUCGACCCCUCUGACGAGUCCUCCAUGCCUGAUAUGAAAGCCAUUUCUUCUGGCCUGGGCCACACUCUCGAUGGAACUCUUCGCUCAAGAGGCAACUUUCCAGCUUCGGGUCUUUUCAAGAUGCCUGCGAACUUGAGUUUCCUCGAAGCUUCGACUUUGACGUGUAGUGGGUUGACGGCUUACAAUGCUCUCUUCGGACUGAAGGGGCGAGAGAUCAAGCAAGGAGAUUGGGUUAUGAUUCAGGGGACUGGAGGAGUGAGUAUUGCUGCUUUGCAAUUUGCUGUUGCUGUGGGGGCAAAUGUUGUGGCCACGACGAGUAAUGCUGAGAAGGGAAGACUGUUGAAAGAGUUGGGAGCGAGAGAAGUGGUCAAUUACAGGGAAUCAAGAGAGUGGGGUGGAGUGGUAAAGAGCUUUACACCAGGGGGCAGAGGAUUUGAUGUCGUGGUUGAUGUGGGCGGGGACAGUACACUGGAGCAGUCGCUCGAAGCUGUGAGGACGGACGGAGUGGUGGCUUUGACGGGGUUACUCGGAGGUGCAGCUGAGCCGGUCAAGAUGUUGGCUGCUUUGAUGGCGGUGUGUACGGUGCGAGGGGUGUUGCUGGGCUCGAAGAAGCAGAUGAGAGAAUUGGUGCGGUUUGUGGAGGAGAAGAAUCUGAAGCCAGUGCUGGACUUCAGGACUUGGGACUUGGAUGAGGUGAAGAGAGCGUAUGACUGGCUGGAGAACCAGAAGCACUUCUCCAAGGUCGUCAUUCACAUCGAGUAGUCGAUGACGGUGGUGCGUACAUGUAACGAAGAGUAUACCGGCACCGUCCCUCUCAUCAAUUCUCCAUGAAAUGGCAGCACAGAUAUCGACGUGCAUGAUGGAGUGUUCGGGUCAUGCAAGCCGACACCCACGAU